AUCAUCGACGACCAUCUCCAACAGCGUCACCGCCUCUCAUGGGCGCAAAUUACCCGGAGUAGCGGAGGAAGCGUCCUUGAUAUUUUUAACGCCCCAGCUAAUGUAGGCUUCUGUACUUUUUACCGCAGUGUCAGUGAGCGCGAGCGUCGGUCUUCCACCAUGUUAGGACGCGGGUCUGAAGCGGAAACCGUGUGAGCGGACCGAGAGAAAUGCAUCCCCGGAGCGCUGAACCUGUUUCCCUUCCGGUCCCAGCACAAAGCCUUUGAAGCAGGCCGUGUUUCUCCUCACACCGACUCGCCGAUGAUGCUCAAACAUGUCGGGGAAUCAUUACAAAGGCAAGGAAGUCAGCUGCUGCAUCAAAUACUUCAUUUUCGGUUUCAACAUCUUGUUUUGGCUGCUGGGCAUGGCCUUAGUUGGAGUUGGACUGUGGGCAUGGAGUGAAAAGGGGGUUCUGUCCAACAUCUCAUCCAUCACAGAUCUGGGGGGUCUGGACCCAGUCUGGCUCUUCAUGGUGGUUGGGGGGGUGAUGUUCAUCCUGGGCUUCGCUGGGUGCAUCGGAGCUCUGCGGGAAAACACAUUUCUACUGAAGUUUUUCUCCCCGUGUUUCUGGGAAUCAUCUUUCUUCUUGGAGCUGACGACGGGAAUUCUGGCGUUCGUCUUUAAGGACUGGAUAAAAGACCAGCUCAACCUGUUCAUCAACAACAACAUCCGGGCCUACAGGGACGACAUCGACUUACAGAACCUCAUCGAUUUCACUCAGGAAUACUGGGAGUGCUGCGGUGCAUUUGGAGCAGACGACUGGAACCUGAACAUCUAUUUUAACUGUACUGAUGGGAAUCCCAGCCGCGAAAAGUGUGGAGUUCCCUUUUCCUGUUGCACCAAGGACCCGGCGGAGGAUGUGAUCAACACUCAGUGUGGAUAUGACGUUCGAGCAAAACCAGACUCGGAGCAGAAAGACUACAUCAAUGUGAAAGGCGCGUAGCCACAGUUUGAGAAGUGGCUCCAGGACAACCUCACCUUGGUGGCUGGGAUCUUUAUAGGAGUGGCUCUCCUGCAGAUUUUUGGGAUUUGUUUAGCCCAAAAUUUAGUGAGUGACAUCGAGGCUGUUAGGGCGAGCUGGUGA